GUCAUAAAUCGGACCGUGGUUUCCUUCUUCCAGUGAAAAGUUUCCUGUCCUAAUGGCGAUCAGUGCCCCUGCUUUAAGAUGCACGGUCUUCAUUACUCCAACCCUUAAUUCUCCUAAACCCUUCUCUGGUGACCUUCGCCGGAGCUUCAGACUACGGCCUCCGGUCUUGAGAACCUUUUCUUCAUGUGGAAAUGACUAUCGGGAUUCUCCGGAUUCCCGCAUUUACUCAUCACAGAUCGUCGGGAAAAGCGUGGCUCAUGUGAGCAUUGCUGCACUGCUCGCUGCUUCACUUCACUUGGUCGAUCCAUCCCUUGCAUUUAAGGGAGGUGGGCCGUACGGAGCCGAGGUGACGAGGGGACAAGACCUCACCGGCAAGGAUUUCAGCGGCCGGAGUCUUGUAAAGCAGGACUUCAAAACUUCGAUUUUAAGGCAGGCAAAUUUCAGGGGAGCUAAAUUGCUGGCUGCCAGCUUCUUUGAUGCCGAUUUAACUGGUGCUGAUCUUUCGGAUGCUGAUCUCAGAGGUGCAGAUUUAUCUUUGGCAAAUUUUACAAAGGUGCCCAACUUCAUGCAGGCAAAUCUAAGUAAUGCAAAUCUUGAAGGUGCACUUGCUACUGGAAAUACAUCCUUUAAAGGAUCAAAUAUUAAAGGAGCAGACUUCACUGAUGUUCCACUGAGAGAUGACCAACGAGAAUACCUCUGCAGAGUUGCUGAUGGGGUGAAUCCAAUGACUGGGAAUGCCACAAGAGACUCGUUACUCUGCAAUUGAUACAGCUCCUUGAUCUUUAUUAUAUGUACAGUUCAACGUUUGGCUGGUUUUACCAUUUUUUCUUAAACUUGGAUAGGGAAGUAAUAAAUAGAUUAUAUUGGGGUUGGGUGCAGUUUUUGACUUCUUAAACUUAUUGCAUAUGGUUGUGAAUAUG